AUGCAAGAAAACAACAGAGGAGGGGAAAGACCUAAAAUUGCUCCUAAACCGAGCAUUCCUUCCAAACCGCGAUAUGUACCACCGGUUAAAGUUCAGCAAAGGAUAAUUCAUAACGAAAACACUAAUUUACAAAGAAAAGACUCCAAACCGCUUAAUAAGGAUUUGAUUAAAACUAGAGACUUACAAAAAACUGAGUACAAGGAAUAUUCCUCGGAAAAAAAGAGUGAUUUUAUAACAGACUCCAAGCACAUAGGUAUUGAAACUAAUGUUAAAUAUGACACUUACACGUCUACUUUUCUUAGCGAAAAAUGUGAUAAAUUUAUUCCUAGUUUACAACCAUUUAGAAAACUAGAAGAUCAUUCGCACAAACCACCGCAGUCACCAAGCACAGUAUGUUGCAGCAUCUUGUCCAACGCAACAACAGACUGUUGCGGAAUAAUAAACGUAAACAAAAAGGAAUUGAACGAAAAAUCCAUUACUAAAGUCGACUCGGUAGAUUCGAAUUCAUCAGACUCUGGAGGUUUUAAAGAUUUCAUACAAUUAGAUCUUUCUAAAAAGCUGUCGCCGGAUACAGAGAAAAAACCGGAAAUACACCAGUUGAUUCACAAAAAUGUAUCGCAGCCUGAUGUUAAGGAAAAGAAGACGGAGUUUUCUCAUGAAAGGCGACCUUCGACUGAAGUUCGACAAUCGUUCGUACAAAAUAGACAAAAUUUCGUCGCCAAUGCACAAGCCUUAGUACAAUUUUUACCGCAGACCGAGCAACAGUAUUUUCAAAAGCCGAAUCACCCUAUAAACCAAAGCAUCGAACGACCAGAGAACUUUAAUCAACACUUAGCCAAAUUUAGCUCAAACAUUAAUAAGACUGAAGAACCGAAACUGAAACCGAAACCGAUCGUCAAGCAGGGUCAAUUCCAACAAUCAACGAAAAAACUCGAAGAACUCCUGUCGCAACGAUACGAGAAAGACAAAAUUCAGAGAAAAACUUCGAAUUAUUUAGCGGAUGGCGAAUCCAGCCAGGAUAUCGAGCAGAAAAUGUCUAUUCAAAAACAGAUUCAACAGAAAUUACAGGCGGAUCUUCAACAGACUGUUAAGCAGAUUCAAGAAAUCCAAAGUAUUGAAUUGAGGUUGCCGCAGAACCGGAAAUGGGCAGAGAGCAAUAGAAGUCAACCCGCGAUUGGUCUCAAACAUACUCCAAAAUCAAGGCCUACAAUAUUUGGUACGGUAGCGUCGGACCUCACACCUAAAGACUGUUCAAAUCGAAGGAGCUUGCCACAAACACCACAAACGAAGAAUUUUUCCAAUAUUUUUAACGGUGAAGCCAGCCAGGAAGGUUCGGCGGAUUCUACUCUGCAACAAGAUAACGCUUUAGUUUACCGAGACGGAAAUUUGAUCUCCGGACCUUUGGAAGCGUUAAUCCAGCACAUGGUACCGACAGACCAAUAUUAUCCGGACAGAGCCUAUCUCUUCGCUUUCCUCCUGUCUUCGAGGUUGUUUAUAAAACCUCACGACCUUUUGGCCAAAGUGCGAACGCUGUGCGAAACGCAACAAGGCCUAGGAGGUAAACCCACCGGAACUUCUGCACAAACACGGUUUGCCGAACAUUCGGUUCAGCUGCUAGCCGAGUGGACAGAAACUUUUCCUUAUGAUUUUAGGGAUGAAAGAAUGAUGGAACAUGUCCGAAAAAUAACUCAACAAUGCUGUGCCAUCAACUCCAGUCUUCGAGCCAACGUAUCCGCCCUACUCCAUAAUCUUCAUCCCAGAUUAACCGCCCUUGAAGCGUACGAAAAGUCCAUAGAAAACCAGUGUUCGAUUGUCGACGAAAAUUUCACCGAUGUUUCGGAGAUUUGUCCUAACCCCUCCAUUUUAGCCCAACAGUUGACUCAUGUAGAGUUGGAGAGGUUGUCUUUUAUCGGUCCAGAAGAGUUUGUCCAAGCUUUUGCCAAGGAAAAUCCUAAUUUGGAAACGUCGUUUAAGGAUAUGAAGAAGACGCACAAUUUGGAACAGUACGUCCAAUGGUUUAAUAGACUGAGUUAUUUUGUUGCAACGCAAGUUUGUAAAUAUCAAAAGAAAAAAAUGAGAGUACGUGUCGUGGAAUAUUGGAUAGAGACUGGAAGAGAAUGCUUCAAUAUUGGAAAUUUUAAUAGUCUGAUGGCAAUUAUCGCUGGACUGAAUAUGUCGCCAAUUUCAAGAUUAAAAAAGACGUGGAGUAAAAUUCACUCUGGUAAAUUUGCUAUUCUGGAACAUCAAAUGGAUCCCACCAGCAAUUUCAGCAGUUAUAGAAGUACCUUGAAAGCCGCCAUGUGGAGAAGCGAGGGCGCUACUGAUCAGAGGCAAAGAAUUGUGAUUCCUUUCUUCAGUUUACUCGUUAAGGAUUUAUAUUUUCUCAACCAAGGGUGUUCAAAUAGGUUACCAAACGGCCAUAUAAACUUCGACAAAUUUUGGCAGUUAGCGAAACAAGUUACAGAAUUCAUGGCAUGGAAGCAAGUAACGUGUCAUUCGAAAAGGAUCCCAAGAUAAUAAAUCUGUUACAAAACGGCCCCAUUCUAAACGAAAACGCUCUGGCUUUGGCCAGUUUCGAAUGCGAACCUCCUGACAAUAACCAGGAGAAAGAAAGAUGCAAAAAUCUCAAAGCAGACUCUUCUGCCACUUAA